AUGUAUAAUGACGUAUACGAAGUACCAUUAACCUCCAUACUCUAUUCACUUAAAGACAAUAAUGGUGCCAAUUCGGUCUAUGAAAGAACUAAAUUCCAUGGUAUUUCUUAUUUACCUGAAAAUGUAACAAGUCAUAAUAUUGCGUUGCCUACUAGAUAUAUACAGUGGACGGGUAGAGAACAGCGCUCUGUUAUGUCAUAUCAGUACUCAACACCGCCAUGUACUCAACAUAAUACUCGGUGUACCUCAGUAUCACCAAUAAGCAGAAUGUCGCAUCUUUAUGGUUCAGGACAUAACAAUGUCGUUGUGAUGAGCCAACCUAAAACUCGGCAUAUUGUUAGGCCAGCAAUAUCAAUUCGAAGCGACUAUACUGUGCCUCCAAUAGUUUAUCGAAAGGUUACCAAUUCAUCUAGAAUAGAUGCUGGUUCUUUAAUAUCUACUUCAUCACCGCACUUAAUAAUUGCACCUGCAACACUAAGUUGUAAUAAUACUAAGAAAUCUCAUUGUAGAGAUUUUAUCCCAGACUAUAAUAAUACAUACUAUGAUGACUACACACUAAAGAAAGCUUCAUACAAGUGUCAGAUGAAUUCGGAGAUGAAGGAACAAGUAGCCUGGAAAAAUAUAUAUAGGAAAUAUAAUAAACAAACAGAACAUAGUAAAAAGGAUUCCGAAAUAAUGGGUCCAACUACUUCAACUACUUCAACUACUUCUUUUGGUUCAAUAACUGCAAAGGGUAAUUCUUCGAUUAGCGCAGAUAAUGUGCAAAGUCGCAAUACCAGAGGAAGCAGUACACAGUUAUUAGUGGCAUCUGCUAUUAAUUCAUUAUUUUCCUCAUCUAUGUUAAUACCUUCUGAGAAUGGCUAUAUAGAGGUUAAGAAAGACUUAGUAAAGAGAGCUACAGAUGCUAGUGAUGGAGUUCUGCAAAAUCUGACUCCAUCAGAAUAUAUUCGACUUGAAGACUUAAUACUGGAGCCAGCAACUCAGCGUGGAACUUUUGGAGUUGUAUUCCGUGGCCGCAUUAAAAGUGGCAAAUGGAUUAAUCGAGAUGUUGCAGUUAAACGUUGGAAAUUCGAUAAUGAAAGUCGUAUGACAGAAGAGAAUUUUAAGUCACUAGAAAGAGAAGUUUAUGCUUAUAGGAAUUUAAGACAUCCCAAUAUAUGUUCCUAUGUCGGUGUUUGUUUAGAACCCGGCUUUUAUGCUAUUAUUACUGAGUAUCUGACGAAUGGAAAUCUAUUUGAUUUACUUUAUGAAAAUAAAGUGAUUGUUUCUGCAUCUGAUCGUUUGAAAAUAGCUAGACAGUUAUGCAAUGCUAUAAGCUAUAUUCAUAGAAAGGGUAUGGUCCAUCGUGAUAUAAAAACAGCUAAUAUCAUACUAGAUCAUAAAAAUAAUAUGAAAUUAUGCGAUUUUGGGCAGACUAGAUCUAUGCAAUGUAGUGGCAAUACAAAUACUAUUGGGAUUACACUCGAUGAAAAUGGAGGCUCACCAAGAUACAUGGCCCCAGAAUGCUUUUAUACAGGCAAAAUCAUAAAUGAGAAGUCGGAUAUUUGGGGAGCAGCUUGCUGUUUAUUAGAAAUAUUUGGAGGCCCAAUUCCAUAUUUUGAGUUCAAUAAUAAUGAUGAUGUCAUUAAUGCAGUUGUAAUUAAGAAACAAAGGCCUAAAGUUCCGAAUUGGUUUCAUCCAACAGUAACUGAUUUGUUAAACCAAUGCUUUGAAAGGAAAGCUAACAACAGACCAAGUGCCUAUGAACUUUUGAGUAUUUUAAAUAAUCUGACUUCUGAUGACAUUAUUAAAUAUGGAAUGAAUGUUAAACGAGAUAUUGAUGGGGAAGUUGUAACUUCUGGAGGUAAUAGUAAUGUAGUUGGUAACAGUAGGAAAGUAUCGAAUAUCAUAUCAGGGAAGUGCAUAGGGAACACUAGCCAACAAAGAAGAAUUGUGAUCCAAAAACAGGAUAAUUCACUGAAUAGUGCAAAUAGUAGGGACUUUCCUAAAUAG